GCAAGUCGGCGGCUGGGCGAGGAUGGAAGUCCCCGGGACCCGGAGCUGAGCGACGGAGCGCGCGGCGGGCAGGCGCGCCGGAGGAAGGCGAGCUUCGCUGUUCCUCCGGGAGCCCAACACCGUUCCCGCCCGGCCACGAUGAUCCCUCCAAGCGGCGCCCGCGAGGACGGCGUAGAUGGGCUGCCCAAGGAGGCGGCGAGCGCGGAGCAGCCGCCCUCUCCUGCAUCCACCAGCAGCCAGGAAUCCAAGCUCCAGAAACUAAAACGAUCACUUUCUUUCAAGACCAAGAGUUUACGGAGCAAAAGUGCUGACAACUUCUUCCAGCGGACCAACAGCGACGCGAAGCUGCAAGCGGACAUGCAGGCCGAGGUCAGCCCCAGCUCCAGCCCCCUGCCUGCUCCAGGAAGCCUGGCGUCCACGCCCACCAGGGCUGGCCUGCACCCAGGCAGCGGCAAGGCUCAUGCCUUUCAGGAACACAUUUUCAAGAAGCCCACUUUCUGCGACGUCUGCAACCACAUGAUAGUGGCCUGUGGCAAUAAGGUGGACCCUGUCUACGAGACCCUUCGCUUUGGCACUUCCCUGGCCCAGAGAACGAAGAAGGGCAGCUCUGGCAGUGGCUCUGAUUCACCUCACAGGACCUCUACUUCAGACCUUGUGGAGGUUCCUGAAGAAACUGAUGGUCCAGGAGCCGGGUAUGACCUAAGGAAACGCAGCAACAGUGUGUUUACGUAUCCAGAAAAUGGCACUGACGAUUUCAAAGACCAAGCAAAGAACAUAAACCACCAGGGACCUCUUUCCAAAGACCCAUUACAGAUGAACACCUACGUUGCCUUGUACAAAUUUGUACCACAAGAAAAUGAAGACUUGGAAAUGAGGCCAGGAGACAUAAUUACUCUUCUAGAAGAUUCCAAUGAAGACUGGUGGAAAGGGAAAAUUCAAGACAGGAUCGGCUUCUUUCCAGCCAACUUUGUUCAGAGAGUACAACAAAACGAGAAGAUUUUUAGAUGUGUUAGAACCUUCAUUGGCUGUAAGGAGCAGGGGCAGAUAACACUGAAAGAGAACCAGAUCUGUGUGACUUCAGAAGAAGAACAAGACGGCUUUAUCAGAGUGCUUAGUGGAAAGAAGAGAGGCCUUGUCCCCCUCGAUGUCCUGGAAAAUGUCUGAUUGCUGACCCCUCCUCCUUGUGCAGCAGACCAGCUCUGCUGCGAUGCCGAUGCCGUCUGCUCAUCUCACUGUGUCCACCCAGAGGAGCUGUCGCACUGACCCGGCCCCCCACCCCGGAAACAGGGAGACAAGACUGGAGGAUCUGAGACUGUAGAGCAGCAGAGGGCCCAACACAAAGCGCAUCCAGGCUGC